CAAGGUUUGGAUUGACCCGGGUCACUAUAUCCCCGAGCGAGGGGGGGAGAGGGAGGGGGGAAGGCGUCUUAGGAGGAGGCUGAUUUUUAGGAGGCGCGGGCCUUGUCUAUGGAUGCAGGGCUGGCGCCUCCUGAGAAGCCCUCCCCCCCUCCCCCUACACCCCUCUGCGCGCCGCCGAGCUGCGAGCAGACAUCUCGACGGGCACAUUUGCCCCCUUGCUCGGGUCCCCGAAGGCCCCCAGAGCGGAGCCGCCCACUGCCAGAGUGGUGCCGCAGAAGGGUGGGGUCGGACACCCUGGUCGGGAGGUGGUGGUCGCAAAAGUCUUCUCAAGAGGAGCGAUCCCUGAGAUCCGACACUGCGACAAAGUUGCGGCGCCGAGAAAAGUCACGACCAGAGUCCCUGACCCCAUCUUCCUGCGGCAUUUUUCGAGCCGGACCGCUCUGUGAUGGUCGCGGGGCCCGAAGCUGGGCGAACAAAAUUCCCGGGUGUGCCAAAGACUGCAACGCCCGGAUCUCGGGGCAAGGGGAGACACUGACCUCUCAAGGUUCGACGCGGGUUGGCGUGUACCACGCGCUGGCGCAGGCGAUGGAGAGGACGGGCAGGGCCGAGACGGCGCUGAGGCUGCAGCGGGUGCAGGAGAAGGCGCUGCGGGAGACGCUCGAGCAGGCGCAGGCGGCGCUCGCCCGCGCGGGCGCCGACCUCGAGAGCGCCCGGGCUCGCAAGCUGGCGGCCCGCGCGGAGUACCAGGAGGAGCUCAAGCGGUGGGAGGCGCACCGGGCGUGCGAGGCUGAGGCGGAGCUCAUCCUGCAGAUGAUGGAAGACGAGGACCUCCGCGAGACGGGGCGCGCCCAGGCGCCCGCCGCCGCCGCCCCGGCGGCCGCCCCAGGCGCGCGGCCGCCGCCGCCGCCGCCGCCGGACACGGUGCCCGAGGGCGAGCCCGCCGCCCCCGACAACUACUACGCCGCCCUCGCGGCCGCGGUCGCCGACGCGGAGGAGGAGGGCGCGGGCUCGGAGGCCCCCGAGGAGGGGGAGCCGCGGCCGCCCAGCCCGGCGGGCGAGCGGGGGGGCAAGCGGCGGAAGCUGGAGGCCGCCCUGGACGAGGAGCUGAGGCUGGUGUGAGCAGGAGGCGCGACGGCGCACGGGCGCGGCGCCGUCGGAGCAAAGGACCGCGGCCGCGCCGGUCCUCGAGCGGCGUCCGCGCGA